CUUCACCCCGUCUUCAACGUCUCCCUCCUCAAGCCUGAUAAUGAUCCUUCCGAAUUCCACCCCCACUCCGAUCCCAAACCAUUCCAACUCAAUAACGAUCCUUCUCUUUCCAUUCAUUCACUUCUGGACUGCAGAAAAAUGGGCCAUCGUUAUGAAUACUUAGUUCAUUUCUCUUCUCUCCCCAAUUCUGACGACUCGUGGGUUCUGCUCUCAGAUAUUCCGACCACGUACAACGAACUCAUCGACCGGUUUCAUUGUCGUCAUCCCCGCGCUCCU